UUGGAUCUGUCAACCAAAGAAGCACGCGUGAAAAUUUUCAACUUGUUAAAUUUAAAUAAACAUCGAAUGCACCUGCGCUUCAACUCUUAACAACGAAUCAAAUUGUGAUUUACAGUGCAUGCGACGUGCGAUAACAGUAAUUCCGUCGGACAUGAUACACGCUCGCCUUUGCUUCCCGCCUUUAAUAAGUUUGUUAUGACAGACCAACCCGUGGGGUCGCGUGCUCCGACAUAAACAACGCUUUAAUCAAAUUCAGCACUUUUUUAUGUAGUGAUAAUCAGUGCAUUGAACAUUUUUUAUUGUGCGAACAGCGCCGAAGUGCAGAAACCGUCUUCGCCGGUGUGUUAGUUACGUAAACAAAAUCACGUUUUCAAGCUGACCCACGUUAAGUGUCAACCAUGAAGAGCGAAGAAAACCACAAUCGAGACCAACGUGACCGAGAUCAGCGCGAAUUGGACCACCGUGAGCGUGAUCAACGCGAAUGUUACCAGACUCCAAGCAGCACCACUGACGAUUCCGGUUCAGAGCAAGAGGACAACGUGACGCUACAACACAUUGCUGCCGAACUUCAGGCCCACCAUCACCUGAAUCAUCAUCACGGCGUCCUCGGACAAGUGCGAAAACGGCGUGGUAACUUACCUAAACAUUCAGUGAAGAUCCUCAAGCGUUGGUUGUAUGAGCAUCGCUAUAAUGCGUACCCGAGCGAUGCAGAGAAGAUCACCCUUUCGCAAGAGGCAAACCUAACCGUAUUGCAGGUAUGCAACUGGUUUAUCAAUGCACGGCGCCGUAUUUUACCCGAAAUGAUACGAAGAGAAGGCCAUGAUCCAAUGCACUACACAAUCUCACGUCGUGGUAAGAAGGUUGCAAACAUCGCCGGGUUAAGCGAUACCGGUUCGGGUCUUUGGGAAGUUGACUCUUCUACAGGUGGUAAACGCAUUCGACUGGAUCAUGAUUACGAGGAGGGAAUGACUUUGCUGUAUCGUUCUGAGGGUGAUUCACCAAUUGACUACGAAAGCUCCAGUCCAAGCGAAGAAGAAAAAUUCAAUCCGUGGUCCACUGUCAUACGCUACGGUUUUCCACCACCAAACAAGGAAUCUGCACUUCCAAUUAUGAUCAGAGAUGCUUCAGAUGACAAGUUGGUUACAAGUAAUUACUGGGGCGGACCACAUCCACAGUUGGCGCACCUCCCGCAGCUUCCACAUCCGCUGACUCCCAAGGUGCAAGUGAUGCCUGCACAUAGUAUCAGUCACACUGUACCCGACUCCACAGAAGACGAUGUUGCUGAGUAUAGCGACAAAGAAAAGUUUAGAUGUUUGUAUUUGCUCGUCGAGACCGCCGUCGCAGUGAGGCAGCGCGAAAAGGAACAAGGAGAGAUUCAAGUAUAAAUGUUGUCGCCUCCAAUGUGACGAGUUAGGUGUCUGUGCCUUAACAAAUUUUGCAGUUGCGAAUUAUAGAUAUAGUUAUUAAUAUUUUUGUAUGAGUAGCAUCAUCUCUCAUUGACAUAUACAUGUAUACAUACAUAUAUUAGGGUUAGUAAUCACUAGGAUUAACAGCAGGAAACCGCCUCCAACACCCCCAUUCUUUUGUUCAUUUAGGACAAUAAAUAUUGAAAUAUCGUUUGUCAUAUGUAACCGACUCUGUGGACAAAUAUGCAUCGGAUAUUCGAAGCAAAAUAAUGCAUCUAGCUGAUGAACUAAUGAAAAUUGUGUGUUUUGGCUAAAUGCAUUAUUUUCAAAAUUGAAAAAAAUUAAGAUUUUCGAGGUUUCUAUCUUGUUGCGUUAAUUCUUGGUGUAACAUGUUAUGAUAACUUAUGUAUAAAUAGAAUAGGACUCACGCCUUAUAGAAAGUAGCGCUUUCUGUUUACUUUUGUUACAAAUAUUACCACUUUAUUUCUGUUCGCUCCGCAAUGUUGUAACGAUGUAAUUUUAAAAAGAAAAUGGCGAACACAGGCGCUAAUUGGUAUUUUACUUUGAUGAAUUUAUCCAAAUGUGUUAUAUACAGCGUUUUUACAUUUCAUGACUACUCUACAAUGUCAAUUAAAUUUUGAUAACAUGUAUAUAAAAAAGUUGUAUAUGUAAAUGUCCGGUAAUCGUACAAAAGAUAAAAACGAGCAGAUGUGAUAUUUUCGUAGUUCACUGCCAACAAAUAACAUUUGCUAUUGAUUGGUAAUUCGAUGGAAGAAAUACGAGUUUUGAGGUUGAUUUGAUGUUUGUAAAUUGCGUUAAUUUUUGUAAUAAAACAUACUUAAAAUUUACACAA